AUGUUCGCCGCUCGCUCUGUCCCUCGCGCACUCAAUGGCGCUCGCGCCUUCUCCACUUCGCCUGCCCAUUCGCUGGCCCGUAUGCAAAUCAUUGGCCGUCUCGCCGACCAGCCCGAGCUCACUCCCACAUCCACCGGUCGCGAGAUGGUGCGGUAUGCUCUCGGUGUCAAGAGUGGCCCUAAGAACGAGAACGGCGAGAGACAAACCAGCUGGUUCAGAGUCGCCAGUUUCACCGAGGGUCCUGGCAGAGAUGUGCUCCUGAACCUGCCCAAGGGUACUCUUCUUUAUCUUGAGGCCGAUGCUCGUAUGGACACAUUCCAGGGCCAAGAUGGCUCCACCCAGACUCGCCUCAACCUCGUUCAGCGCAACUUCGAGGCUCUCAGCCGUCCUCAAAACCGCUCCGACUCAGAUAGAAGCGCUGCUGAAGAGCCCAGCAGCGGUCUCGGUGCAUCAUAA